AAUAACAUAUAUAGUAUAUAUUUUAUAAUAUAUGUUAUAUAUUAUGUAUUAACUGCACCCUCGACCAACUCCUUCUCAAGUUAUAAUUACAGUCAACCAUCUCCAUAUCAUUAAAGGAAAUAAUAUAUAUAUAUAUAAUUUAAGUUUGUUGUUAUAUUUAUGCAAGACACAUAUUAAUUUUUAAUUAAUAAAUAAGAAUCUUCUGAUUUAUUAAGAUUGUAUUAAAUAAAUGAAUUAAAGUCAAAGUGGCGUACCUGGCUGGGUGGGUUAGUUAGAAACAAAAAAUGUUGAUAGACUGUUUAGAUAUCAUAGCAAAUGUAGCAGUCUAGAGAUCCUACAUUACUAUAUCUAUCAUCUAUUUCUUAAAGACUGUGAAUAGAUUUUUUUGAUUUUUUUAAAAAUUAUUUCGAUUAGAGAACAUUUAAUGGUGCAAAUGCGUUUAUCUGGUACUCCAAUGCAAAAGACUGAAGUGCCAUUUCAAUUAGAAAACCAUCAAUUUUUCUAAUCUAUUUUAUCAAUGAAAAUAAGACACUCAAGAUAAUUAACAAAUCGGUAUAAAAACCGAGACAGCUUGGUCUAAGGCAAGCAAUCAUGCGACUACACAUGUUAUUAAUAGCUGCCCUGGCCAUCCUCUGGCCAGCGAUAGCUCUUGCCUUUCCAUCUGAAGAAUUAGACGUCCUGAGACAGGACAAGAAUCUACAGGCUAUCCUUGGCGAAAUAGAAAUUCUAAGUUCUGAAGAAGAUGACGAAGAACAUGAGUUCCCAGGCUUAGAUGACGAGGAAGAGUCAGAAGAGGAUUAUUUCCGUCCACGUCCUCAUCCUCAUCCUCGCCCAACAGAAGAACCCGAACCUAAACCAAAACCACAUCCCCAUCCGAGACCUCACCCAAAACCAACUGAUGAACCUGAACCAAGGCCCCAUCCACAUCCUCAUCCAAGACCCCACCCACACCCUCACCCAAAACCAACUGAUGAACCUGAACCAAGGCCCCAUCCACAUCCUCAUCCAAGACCCCACCCACACCCUCACCCAAAACCAACUGAUGAACCUGAACCAAGGCCCCAUCCACAUCCUCAUCCAAGACCCCACCCACACCCUCACCCAAAACCAACUGAUGAACCGGAACCAAGGCCCCAUCCACAUCCUCAUCCAAGACCCCACCCACACCCUCACCCAAAACCAACUGAUGAACCUGAACCAAGGCCCCAUCCACAUCCUCAUCCAAGACCCCACCCACACCCUCACCCAAAACCAACUGAUGAACCUGAACCAAGGCCCCAUCCACAUCCUCAUCCAAGACCCCACCCACGCCCUCACCCAAAACCAACUGAUGAACCUGAACCAAGGCCCCAUCCACAUCCUCAUCCAAGACCCCACCCACACCCACACCCAAGACCCCACCCCCGACCUCACCCAUCCACCACAGAACAUCCAGAAAUAGAAGAGUUUGACUACUGAUUUCCAGGCCAGCAGGAAAUACAACUUAGGAUACAAAAAAGAAGAUAUAUGCAAUGAAAACCAAACUUGUAUUUGUAACUAAAAUAACAUAUCGACAAAGCUGUUUAAUCUGGAAUAUCUAAAAUAAAGUAUUUAUAUUUUAUUUAUUUGCCAUUGUAUGUCCAUUCAAAGCUAACAUAUAAAUAAUGGGAGUAAAACACUAGAAAAAGCCUAGUCUUUUGUAGAUUUUUUUUCUUUUUUUUUGGAACCAUAUUAGUAUGUAAGUACUUUCAACAUGAAUAACAAAGCUUGUUAACUUUUUGAAAUGAAUAUCCAAAAUAAAGCUGCAAAAAAUAUGUAUAUGUAAGAAAAAUCAGAUCUUCGAGUGUUUUGUUAAUGUCAUUGUGGUUAAAUUAACAUGAAUUAGAAUUUUGAAAUGGCUUGGAAUGUUAAUUCUUGUCAUUGGUUAAUCACGAAAUGAGUUUACCUUACACAGGUAAAUGCUUGGCUGUAAGGGCAGGCGGGCAGGUGUGGCAUGGAUGCUGCGGCUGCCUUAGGUACCGCAUGGCGGCCGCAAGAAUGCCAUUAUCUCGCGGCUCUCUGCCAAUCAAUUAUAACCUCACCACAUGGCCAUUGUGUCGGCUACAAUGUCCAAUCUACAAUCAACAUAAUAUCAACCGACCUGUAGAAGACAACAUUCAACAUAACUUAUCAAACAAUUUAAUAAAACCACAUUAUAAUAGCAAAAAAAACCACGAACAGAUUAAAAAAACAUCCUUACAAAAUUAAAUUAUAUACUUAUUGCUAUUAAAUAAUAACUCAGCGAAAAAGGAGUUUAUUUAUUUUUACUGCGUUAUAUGUGUAGUAAAUAAGUGUAUAAUGGAUAAUUAUCCUCAAUAAUUAACACGUGGAAUCCCAAUAAAUACGUUUUAAGAACUAUAGCAUUAUUAAAUGCCAUACAUUGUUCGGAGUUACCAUUCAGUAUUCUAAUGUGUAAACCAUUAAAUUAUUAUUGCUUUGUCUGGAAAUACGUAUUUGUUUUUUUUAAAUAAAACAAAAAUUGAUACGAAACUAUUUUUGCUUUCACUUACCUAUUCAUGAAAAAU